AUGGCAGGUGACGAAAAGAACCACGAUGUCGCCAAUAUGCCUGCAGCUCUUACCAAGAUCCCAUAUUGGCGAUUGGUCACAGAUCAAGGUGUCGUCACCCAGGAAAUUAUCGACUACCCGUAUCCUGGUUCAGGAACCGAAGACGAUCCGUAUGCCGUGACAUGGAUCGACAAUGAUCCCCGCAAUCCUAUGCUUUUCAGCGAGACGAAGAAAUGGUCCUAUACUAUGGUGGUGGCAUUUGCGACUCUAGCCGUCGCUUUGGUCUCUUCUGCGUACACUGGUGGUGUUUUGCAGAUUGAAGAGCAAUUCGGUAUUGGAGACGAAGUUGCCACGCUUGGUGUCUCGCUUUUCGUCCUAGGUUUUGCCGUUGGACCCGUGGUUUGGGCUCCUAUGAGUGAGCUGUUUGGUCGCCAGAUUCUCUUCAUUACCACAUACGCCGCUCUCACAGCCUUUAAUGCUGGUACUGCCGGUGCGCAAAAUAUUUACUCGCUUAUUAUCCUUCGUUUCUUCGCCGGUGCCUUUGGAUCCUCGCCUCUUACAAAUGCCGGUGGUGUCAUUGCCGAUAUGUUCCCCGCUAGACAGAGAGGUGUCGCUAUGAGUGUCUUUGCCGCCGCUCCUUUCCUUGGUCCUGUCCUGGGCCCUAUUAUUGGAGGUUUCUUGGGAAUGAACGCUGGUUGGAGAUGGGUUAUGGGCUUUCUAGCGGCCUUCUCUGGAUUAGUCUGGAUCAUCGGCUCUGUAUUUCUGCCUGAGACUUAUGCACCCGUGCUCCUUCGGCGCCGUGCGGAGAGACUCUCAAAGCUCUCGGGUAAGGUUUACCGGAGUAAGGUUGAUAUUGAUCAGGGUCCGGUCACUUUUGGUGAGACUUUCAAAGUUGCUUUGUCCCGCCCAUGGAUUCUCUUGUUCCGGGAGCCCAUCGUCUUCCUGCUGUCUCUAUAUAUGGCUAUCAUCUAUGGUACCUUGUAUAUGUUGUUUGCGGCAUUCCCUAUCGUCUACGAGGAGUACCGUGGCUGGAACCAGGGUGUGAGUGGAUUGGCCUUCCUUGGUAUCAUGGUUGGUAUGCUUCUCGCAGUGCUCUACAGUCUUUGGGACAACAAGCGAUACAUCAAGACCCAGGACCAGCACGACGGCUUCGCACCCCCUGAGGCCCGUCUGCCACCGGUCAUGCUUGCUUCUAUUGCGAUCCCAAUUGGCCUCUUCUGGUUCGCCUGGACCAAUGCUCCCUCAAUUCACUGGUCAGUCAGUAUUAUCGCUGGUGCACCCUUCGGCUUCGGAAUGGUGCUAGUCUUCCUCGGUAUUAUGAACUACCUGAUCGACGCAUACACCAUCUUCGCCGCCUCCGUCUUGGCCGCUAACUCCGUUCUGCGUUCGUGCUUCGGUGCUGCCUUCCCUCUUUUCACCACCUACAUGUACAACAACCUAGGUAUCCACUGGGCAUCCUGCAUCCCUGCGUUCCUCGCUCUCGCCUGUGUCCCAUUCCCAUUCUUGUUCUAUAAGUAUGGUGCUGCGAUUCGCCAGCGUUGCAAAUUUGCCGCUCAGUCUGAUGCUUUCAUGCGCAAGAUCCAGGAACAGGCCAAGACUGUUCCCGAGGAAGAUGAGAAGAUCACAUACGACCGCACCGAGGCUCCUGCCCCAGUCGACGACUCUGUAUCCAGCGACUCCGAUGACGAAGCUGUUGUGCAGCGCACCCGCAGCCGUGCUCACUCCACUACUUCUACAUUGCACCGUGUGGCAACUUAUGAGGGCAAUCCAUUUGAUAUGGACCGUGUCAACACCAGGGAGUCCUUCAAAAAUUAA